AUGGCCAGAGAUGCUACUAUAGCCGGACGAAGUGCAUACAAAGGCGCCUUGUUGAUGUGGCGGUGGUGCAGGACAGCCAGAGGCAAAAGAGGCGCUUAUGAUACACAAGGAUGGCGCGUAGAUAAGAACAGGGGAGCUGCUCCCAUGAAGACGAAAGAGGUCAAAGCUGCCCGUGAAGGUGACGGGUUUCAGUGGGACUACUACCUUGAUCCAGCUGGGCAGCACGGCCACACCAAGACAGCAGGCGGUCCGAACUGGUUUCCCGUAAGCAGCAGGGUUUUCAACCAUACUCUCCAUUGUGUGGCAAUCCAUCCUGCCGGAAGACGCACCGGGACGCCUGCUAUGGUAGCACCCUCUGGUACCGCUAUUCCUGCCAGGCCCGGUAGAUCAAGCCCUAACACAGCAGCAGAGGCAAAGGACAAAGAACGGCGCCUCCGUCUCGAUAGCGUAAAGAGCACCACCGUUGGGAGCAGUCUGCUGGUGCUGCCUUGCGGCUCCCUGAGCAGACCCCUAGUGGCGGUCUGA